GCCCCCCUGGACACGCCCUUCUUCCGUUUGAGUUUCUCAGCCAUUGGCUAAAGGCGGACUAUAUAAGGACGUCAUUUCCCGUGGCCCAGUCUUUCCGUGCUGCCCAAGCAGGGGUCCAUACGGCGUUGUUCUUGGUUCCCAUCGUAACUUAAAGGGAAACUUUCACAAUGUCCGGAGCCCUUGAUGUCCUGCAAAUGAAGGAGGAGGACGUCCUCAAAUUCCUUGCUGCAGGAACCCACUUAGGUGGCACCAACCUGGAUUUCCAGAUGGAGCAGUAUAUCUACAAAAGGAAAAGUGAUGGGAUCUACAUCAUAAAUCUGAAGCGAACCUGGGAGAAGCUUCUGCUGGCAGCUCGAGCCAUAGUGGCCAUUGAAAAUCCUGCCGACGUCAGCGUCAUAUCCUCUAGGAACACUGGCCAGCGGGCUGUGCUGAAGUUUGCCGCUGCCACUGGAGCAACUCCUAUUGCUGGCCGCUUCACUCCUGGGACCUUCACUAACCAGAUCCAAGCAGCUUUCCGAGAGCCGCGUCUUCUGGUGGUUACUGAUCCCAGGGCAGACCACCAGCCCCUCACAGAGGCAUCUUACGUCAAUCUGCCUACCAUUGCUCUGUGUAACACAGAUUCUCCACUGCGUUAUGUGGACAUUGCCAUCCCGUGCAACAAUAAGGGAGCUCACUCAGUGGGUCUGAUGUGGUGGAUGCUAGCCCGGGAAGUGCUUCGCAUGCGUGGCACCAUCUCCCGUGAACACCCAUGGGAGGUCAUGCCUGAUCUCUACUUCUACAGGGACCCUGAAGAGAUUGAAAAGGAAGAACAGGCUGCUGCUGAAAAGGCAGUGACCAAGGAAGAAUUUCAGGGCGAAUGGACUGCACCAGCUCCUGAGUUCACUGCUGCUCAGCCUGAGGUUGCAGACUGGUCUGAAGGCGUGCAGGUGCCCUCGGUGCCCAUCCAGCAGUUCCCUACUGAAGACUGGAGUGCUCAGCCGGCCACAGAAGACUGGUCUGCAGCCCCCACUGCGCAGGCCACUGAAUGGGUAGGAACCACCACUGAGUGGUCUUGAGCUGUUCUGGAAACACUUCAGCAAAGUGGGAAUAAAGUUGAUAAAAAAUAAAACACCAGUUUCUAAAA